CCAACUCUUCAUCUCACGGCUGCUUGCCUUCCUCCCAGCACAUUCCUGCGCUCUGCCCGUGUCCACACUGCCCUGCAGAUCUGGAACCCCAGCCCACCACGGCCUCCAUGUAAGCCCCUCGGGCUAGGUCUUGCCACCGUGCGGGCAGGUGGCCCCGGGGCUGGGAGCGAAGGGCUCCCUUACAGGGCACACAGCCCUGAGAUCUCAGAGGGCCACCCCUCGAGGGCGGCCAGGCCCCCAGCGGCCCACCCGAGUAUCACCUCUGCCCCCAGUCCUUCUGGCCCCUGGUCCCACUGCCCCCCCCCCCCCCCACCGAUGCCUGGCUGAGACCCAGCUGUGGCCCGUGCUGCCCACGCCUUCUCCUGGCCCUCAAGGUUGGCUCCACGGUGGACGGCUCCCUGGGCACCAGGCAGACAACGGACACAGCCAGCAGCCCAAGCAACGGCGGCAUGGGCAGCGCCAGCCCGGGCCUGAGCAGCGUGGCCCCCGGCCGCCUCCUGCUGCCCCCCGACGCUGUGUUGCGCACAGGCGUGGAAAAGGCGGCCGCGGGGGCGGUGGGGCCCGAGAGACGGGACUGGAGCCCCAGCCCGCCUGCCACGCCUGACCAGGGCCUGUCUGCCUUCUACCUCUCCUACUUUGACAUGCUGUACCCUGAGGAUGGCAACUGGGCCACCAAGGGCCCCGGGGCCAGCUCUCGGGAGGAGCCACCUGAGGAGCCCGAGCAGUGCCCUGUCAUCGACAGCCAAGCCCCCGGGGGCAGCCUGGACUUGGCACCGGGGAGUCUGACCCUGGAGGAGCACUCGCUGGAGCAGGUGCAGUCCAUGGUGGUGGGCGAGGUGCUUAAGGACAUUGAGACAGCCUGUAAGCUGCUCAACAUCACUGCAGACCCCGUGGACUGGAGCCCUGGCAACGUGCAGAAGUGGCUCCUGUGGACAGAGCACCAGUACCGGCUGCCCCCCGUGGGCAAGGCCUUCCAGGAGCUGGGGGGCAAGGAGCUGUGCGCCAUGUCGGAGGAGCAGUUCCGCCAGCGCUCACCUCUGGGUGGGGACGUGCUGCACGCCCACCUGGACAUCUGGAAAUCAGCGGCCUGGAUGAAAGAGAGGACUUCUCCUGGGGCGAUCCACUACUGCGCUUCCACCAGCGAGGACAGCUGGACCGACAGCGAGGUGGACUCCUCCUGCUCCGGGCAGCCCAUCCACCUGUGGCAGUUCCUCAAGGAGCUGCUGCUCAAGCCCCACAGCUACGGCCGCUUCAUCCGGUGGCUCAACAAGGAGAAGGGCAUCUUCAAAAUUGAGGACUCCGCUCAGGUGGCCCGGCUGUGGGGCAUCCGCAAGAACCGGCCGGCCAUGAACUACGACAAGCUGAGCCGUUCUAUCCGCCAGUAUUACAAGAAGGGCAUCAUCCGGAAGCCAGACAUCUCCCAACGCCUCGUCUACCAGUUCGUGCACCCCAUCUGAGGG